AAAAUCAUACACAAAGUGAACCAAUGGGAGUCAAUUUCAAUGAAUACAACGUCUAAUUCUGAAAGAUAGUUCUUCAGAUAGUUCUCCUUCAAGUAAAAUACUAAUCUCAACACUACAAUUCAAAGUAACAGAAGUAUUAGAUUUACAGUCCCAGCCAAAAGGGCCCUCGCGCUUGAUUUAGCCAUGGAAGAUGUGUAAUGUUUAACCUUAUGAAGUGUUUGCUUUUCGUACACCUACGUAGAUCGUGCCUAGUUCGAAAUAUUUCGGCAUUGACAGUAAAUACUAUGCAGUAAUCAGAAUCUUCGAACGAGUACAUGACGACCGACCACCAAGAACAGUAACUCUAGCUGUCUCGUUAUUAUAAUGGCAGCGCCCCUGGGUGAAAACUAUCGAUAUUUUACACGAACUAUCGCGUAAGGUCACAUUGGUAUGUCGCCGAAAAAUGAUAACAAGUCACAAACUUUAAACGCAUUUCGAUAGCUAAAUGCACAUAUAAUAAUGAAAAUGUCAAACUGUGUUUAGAGUCAGAAGCUUGAUCUCAGACUUCGACAAAAUGCGAAAGCAGAACUAUUCGAAGUUGCGAAAUGGAACUGAAGUAGUGGACAUCACAAUGAGCCAUACUGUGAAAACGAUAAGAAGUGUCCAAAUACAUCAUCGAAGUCAUGUUGUGAUCCGAAAGAAUUAGCAGGAGCUGUAUGCUGGACUUCAGCAGCGGCCGUAGUAAACGAUGCUUUUAGAGGUUGCCCUUCUUUCGUUGGUGGCAGGAGCCGUGCUUACGGUGGCAGUGCAGAUGUUCUUUGUACGAUGGUAUCUAUAUCGCACUCCACCACAGCCACCACCUUACAAGGAUCAUUAUCCUAAAAUUAGCGUACCACAGGGGCUGAAAGAAAAAUUUAAAGCAACUGAGAAAGGACAAGACCAAGAAUCUUGUUUUUGGCUCAACCUGUUCGGGCACUUUCUUUUUCAGGAGCUUCGUGACACAAAUAUUGUUAGAAGAUGGGUUAAACAGAAACUGAAUGUGGAGUUUGAAGAACUGCUACAAAGCACAUCUGGGAAAUUCCUGGCUCAAAUCAUUCUUCGGGACUUUAGCCUGGGUACAGGCUUUCCCCUGGUGGGAGGAGUCAGUGUUCAGGAUAUUAGUAUUGACGAGGAAGACGUGGUGCAGCGCCUAGACAUCCAUGUCGAUGUUGACUAUAAUGGUGGCUUCACCCUUGGAGUGGAUGUCCUGUUACCUUUCAGCAAGACUGCCUUUGUAUCUGUGACAAUUCAACACCUGUCUGGUCGAGGUCGUCUACAGCUAACUCGUCAACCUUACACUCAUUGGUCAUUCAGCUUUCUUCAGGAACCUGAAGUUCAGUUUGAUGUAGAAUCACACUUUGAAGGGCAUCCCCUUCCGCAGGUUGGCUCUCUUGUCAUCAACCAGCUGCGGCGUGUUAUUCGUCAAAAACAUACGCUGCCAAACCAUAAGAUGCGGUUCAAGCCCCUAUUUCAGAAGCCUGAAGCUUUACCACCUGCAAUCCGGCUUGAGCUCGGAGGUCAGAGCAUUUCAUCUGGCCGACUUUGCAUCACUUUUAUCAGAUGCACUCGCCUACCCCUGGUUGCUCAUGAGGCCACGCUUUAUUGCAUUUUGUGCGCAGACACUAAACCAUGGAAGGAGAUAGUGAGGGGCCAAAGCAGGGUUUGGGUAUUACAUGAUGUGGAAGUCAUCAAAGCUCUAGGUGAAUCCAUUGGCAUGACUUUCAAAGAUAUUUAUAACCUGGAUAGAAGAGGCAUAGUUGUCACUGUUGACAUAGUCCAAGUUGACUCAGCAGCUGCACGAGCAGAUAUAAGAAAGGAUGAUGUGCUUGUUUCGGUGGGAACCUCUCGCAUUACGUCCUCCAAGCAAGCUGCCAAGCUGAUCAAGAAUGCUGGUGACAGAUUCACAAUACGAUUAGAGAGACCACAUGUCAAACUACCUCAAGAUGCAAGAUUCCAAGAAGAGGCAGUUUUCUUAAAGGAUAUGGAUGGAGCCAAAACAGAUACCAAAACUGAGGAGAACGAGGGUUUUAUAAACAUCAGUGUGCAGCAUACUGCAUCUGACUCGGUUCUGGUGACUGCUGGUGGUCGUCAAGCCAAAGAACAGGAGUUUCUCAUUUUGGAUGAUGGUGGGAUUGCUGGUCCAUCAGGUGGCCUCAAACCAUCCACCAUCAUUCAUCAAUCCCAUUCUGCUGUAGAGCUGUUAAAGCCAUCCUUGGAUAUCCCAGGACGUGCUGGCAGUCCAAGAGUCCGACAUAAUCUAACGGUCCCUUCGAUUCAUAGCUUAGCCACUGGUAAGGUGGUUGCUAAUGAAACAACAAAGAAUCUUCAACCAUCCCAUACAAAAUCAGCACAGGGGUCACCCAGGAGGGAUCAUUCACCAUCACCAGCUCAUGAACAUUCACAUCAUGCUGCAUAUAGGCACAAGGUAGGGGAAGAGGCUUUUGGUGGAACAGGUGCUGACAGUGAUAGUGAUGAGGAGGCUUUCCCCAUCAUGAAGACUCGUGAGGUUCCUGCAACACGGAAUCCUCGCUGGCAUGAUCCACUGACAUUCGACCUCAGCAACCAUCACACAUACCUGAAUGUAUGUGUGUGGUGUCAUUUAAGAGACACGACUGACUUCAGAUCUGAAAAAUCAUCAUCAUCUUCAUCCCAGUCAUCAGAUGACAUUCUUAUGGGUCAGGUUAGUGUACCAAUCAACAUAAUUGUCCUUCACUGCCUGAUGACACUAAGGGGACACACCAAGCAGACUUUGCAACUUCAGCCAGGGGAUGUGAAGGUUGGAGCCAGUCAAUCAGCUGGUGGUCGCAUUGGACUUGAACAUCAUCGUUGCUAUGGUGACAUCACACUUCACUUCCAGUUUACUCCAACCAAACUGUCAUUACAACAGCAGAGAAUGCUGGCUGCUGACCUUGAUCCAGAAAAUUCUACUGGGGUCAGAAUUGUUCCGGCAACAUCGGAUUCUAGUCAGGAUGAACUGGGUUCAGAUUUAGACAUAGGGCUUUAUGAAGGCAAACAUUUGUUUUCCAAAGCUCAGUUUAAUUCAGCUACCUACUGCAAUUUCUGUGGUAAAAAGAUUUGGUUAAAGGUGGCAUUCCAAUGUAGUUUAUGCGGAAUGAUCUGUCACAAGAAGUGCAUUGACAAAUGUCGUGCUGAGACUCUUUGCUCAGAUGAUGGUCCACGACGUAGGAAUGCUCCUGGCGAGUUCUGGCGGACUCCUUUGGCUUCUCUGAAGCAGCCAGAAACUUUGAUGAAUGCGCACUUACCACAAUCACAUACUCGAGGCACCAGGUUCUUGAGCAAGUUCAGCAAGGAGCCAGUGAGUACUGGCACAGAGAAAGAUGGUGUAAAAGCCACUAAAGGUCAACAAUCAGUUGGGAGUCCACAAAUCUCAACUAAGUCUCAGCCAAAAGAUGAAGCCAAGUUCCCACAUGACUCACAGUUCCAUCAGGACACCUUGGAUGAUGCAGCAAUCACAUCAGCAAAGGAAAUGGGUCGCCAACUGUUUUCUCACAUGGACAUCAGUUCACGCAAGGCCAAACUUGAUGUGCUAGUAAACAAAACGCAAGAGGAAAUUAACCAGGAGAUUGCUAACAAGAUUGCCUUGAACAAGCAGCUGCAAACAGCAGAGACCCACACUUCUCGCACCUCUCUGAAUGCUACAAUAACCAAUUCCAAUAAUAAGAUUGAGUCCCUGAUGCUGCUGCAGCUGCAGUACUGUGCUGGGCUACAGCACUGCUUGGACCAAGAGGAAGAACAGCGUCAGCAAGCCCAAGCCAAUGCUGUCGCAGAUUUAGCAGUCUUACAGAACAUCAGUAUGUCACCACAAGCUAAAGAGUCUAUAGCAUCUCUCACUCCAGCUGAGUGUAAAGAUGAUAUUCCUGCUGAAGAUGGACAGGAAGCGGUUGACUUUGAAGAACAAACUGCUUCUGCUGUUGCUCAGGUGUUAAAUAAGGUGAUUCACUUUGAUGAUGACUCCUCUUUAUCUGACGAAAACAAUGAAGAUGAAGAAGAUACCUGGAGAUGAAAUGAAGUAACCCACCCAGUUAAAUGAUAUUGUUUCCAGAAUGGAAGAUUUGCACAGUGUUUGAGUGCAAUAAAGUCAGGGAAAACAUUUUAAAGUUAAAAAGAUUCUCAACAGUCACAACUCAAUAAUUUUUCCUUUUGAUGAAUUUGUGUCAAUUGAUUGUUGGUGACCUUUGAAAUGUUAAUAUUUGCAAGCUUUAAAGAAAUAUCAGAUUUGUUUUUGCUUUCAACAUUCCAUAUUUAAAGCUUAACCAUUACUUCUGUAGGAUACGUUUUGCAUAGUCAUGCAUAUUUAUUCUGGGGCAUGGACAUGUCAUAUAAUAGAUUUUUCAGGCUUACCAAUCUACAAUAAAAUUUACAUAUUACAGUUGUAAUGUAUAGUGUGUUUACCAUAAUUUUUUUUCUUUUUUAACAUUAAACAAGAUAAGAAAUCACAGAAGAUUGAUCCAUAUGGGUUUGGGGAUGCCUGGGAAAGGUCUUGAAUGUGUUUUUGAAGCUAAAUAUCUUUUUCAUUUUUACUGUUGUUCACAUAUUUAUAAUAUCAUUUCAUAGCCACAGUUUUUCAGAGAGGGGAAUUAGUCCUCCCACUUUUGCUUCUUCAUUAGAACUAAAGAUUUAAACAAUUUAUAAAGUUGUCAGCAAUGUUUGUCACAUGAUUGUUGAAAGGCUGAUGAGAAAUUUGUUAGAUUGAGAUUUACAAUAUUUUCAACCUUAGAUAACCAUUUCAAGUAACAGGUGAUCGAUUUUUAAGGCCACGUAAAGUAUAAAUAUAGAAAGUAGAAAAAAACUUAUCUAUGAUUUUUCUGAGCUGAAACUUUUUAACAAGGCUGCAGAUAUUCCUCAAACAACACUGAAAUAGCAAUGGCAGUAGUGUUUGAUCAGUCAGUAAGAGACAUAUUGCAUAGGUACUUGUGACAUGAUUAAACCGGACCGCUACGCAUUGAUAUGAACAGUCUGAACUCAUUAUGUAGCCACCAUCUGUCCAAUACAAAUGUUGGGUCAGUGGUGAAGGGGGCAACAUAAAGCAGGGUAUAUGAUCCAUAAUAGGUAUAACUUUGGCAGAAAUCCAUUCUGUGGUAAGAAGCAGAUAGGCAAGAUGUCAAGUUAAUGUAUAAAUUAUAUAUAUCAUUUAGUGCUUUUGUAGCUUUUCGUUCAGCUGAGAGUUUUAUCCUGUGUAAAACAAUGCACUGAGCAUGUCUUUCUAGGAAUUUGCACACGAAAGUAUACUCAUUCUUGUUGUGGGUGUUGCUGCCUUUUCAGUGUGAUUUUUAUUUUUUGAAGUCUGUUCGAUAUUAAUAUUUGUUCUAAGAGCAUUUUAGCAAACAUUUCCUAAGUCAACUAUGAUGAAUGCUACUCAUGUAUCCAUUGUGAUUGUUUAUUGUCUUUAUGUUAGUAUGUGAUCAUUUCAAUACUAUUUGCCAUAGAUAAUGCAACAUUCCUUGUUUCUUUUUACAUCUAUCAUCCAUCUUUGUUGAUCCAUAAUAAUAUACAUUGGUCAAAUUUGUACAUACAAUUUUAGAUUUAUUUAUUUUUGGGUCUUAAUUUUUUUGUACAGAGAUUCCUAUUUAUUUUAGUUUAAAGCCCAGUAAUAAUUGGCACACAUAUUGAGAUGCUACAAACAUUUUAGUGGCACUCAUGCAUUCUGAAAAUGUGGCACAACAGAGAGAGGAAGAUGUACAAGUGAAGGAAAGGCACACUGCUUGCUUGAAACUCUUUAAGCACAAGCCUGCCAUCAGCUGGUGCUGUGCAGCAGUGUAUGUAAAGGCAUUAACAUAAGAAUUAAGCAGUAACGAAUCAGCAGGGACAGAAUGUUACCCAAGCACUGCAACCUUCCAAAUUCUCAGAAAGAAUAAACAUAUCAUCUUAAACCUUCUAUUUCUAACAUAAAGAUAUGCUGGGGUUUUUUCUAUCUUCCCUAACCUCUCACUCUAACCCUGUGCUCCCACCCCCACCCAUGGUCCCUUUUUGGUGUUCAUCACUGUACAAUACAAGGAUGGGGAUACAUGUGUUCCUCCUUCAUGAACUGAUCACUGUGAAGAAAGCUCAGCUUGCACGCAUAGUUCUUCUCCUUUUUUUAUUGUUAGCCACUCAUAGUUGCUAGAUGUUAAGAUAGCUGUAGUGAAUGUAAAGCUGUUGAUGGCCUUUUCAGUCCUUGGAGACAGGAUUCUGUCAUAUUUUUGCUUCUGCUGAGUGCCUUUUAGCACACAUAGGAAUAUUAAGCACAAAAAAAGGCUCUUUAAGGUUUACUGUAGAGGAUUUUUAUGUCCAUGAGGAGUUUAACUUUUCUCCCUGUCUUGUUUGUAGGUGUAUACCACACAAUACCAGAAACUGCUAAACUGCUUAUAUUCUGUCAGACACAUGUUAAUGAAUGCAUGCAUGGGUGCAGACAAAUGUGCAUGCAUAUCUACAUUAAUACAUACAUAGUUGUGUGAUCUUUAUUUUUUAAAUACUUUUUACUUCCUUGACAUAAAUUUUACCUUAUAUUUACACAACUUGCAAUUGUUCAUUUGAAGGUUGAUCUGUUGUGUUUGUUUUUUCUUGAUUGCAUUAAUUUGUUUUUCUUGACCAUGGUCUUUGUUUGGUUCAUCUGAUUUAUUGUAAACACUAUAAAGGAUAAGCUUAUGUAAUAUUUUAUGACAUCAGAUGAUUUUUUUCUUUUAGUUGUUUGUGUCUGUAUAUCUUCUUGUUUUAGGAAAGUCAAGGCAAACCGUUUGUUUCCCAGAAAAAUGUAAUCUAAAAUUUUCUCAUGUCAAAGUGACAUAGACUUAAAAGUUCUUUUAAAAGAACUUAAGUUGAAAGUCAGAUUUAUUAUAUGCCAAGAUAGAAAUUUUGAUGUUUUAUUGGUAUCUGGCUGUUAAAGGACAGCAAAUGAUGUACAGUUUAAAAACAAUUGGGAGUACUUCUGAAGAAGUCAUAAAUUAAGUAAUUAAGAAUACACAUUGGUAGAAACAUGCUGACACUGAUAUUAUGCCUCCAUAUAGAAUCUGGGGCACAUAUAAAGGGUAAAAAAAUUUGCUAACUACUUUUGUUACGUUUUUGGUUCUUUGACAUAACAACUGAUUGACUGUAUUAUAUACUCAGGUCAUAGUCUGUGUAUGCAGGAUGAUUCUGGCGACCCAGACAGGAUGAUAAUCCUGUCAUAUUGAAAGACAAGUCUACCUGUGUCUCUUUUAAAGAUAUUUUAAAUUGCAGGUGGCCUGUCUGUGGCACUUUUUGUGAGCUACUAAUAAUUUUGACACAUUAAAUAGUGCUGUUACAGCAACAUAGAAAACAGGAUGCCCAAUUCUAUCUGAAAGUGAUAUUCUGCUCUCAGAAAUAUUGGCUUAACUUGAACACUGAUAUUAUAGAAUCUUUUAUACAGACAGUAACUGUUUUUCAAAAAUGAUUGUAAAAUUUUGUUCAUUUAAUAAAAUUCAUGCUGUCCUAGGAACUGCAUCAUGUUUACACAGAAAUCAUUAUAAGAAACCAUGAACAACACAAGGUCAGAGGCACAUUCAGGAAAAGUUAUCGCAUGAGAUCAACAUUGAUGAAGGUCACAGCUGCUGUAUUUGUUCCUGUCACUGGUAUAUUUCAUUGUAUUUCCUUCUCCAAAAAAUUACAUGUACGAUAUUUACGUAACUACCAUAAAGGCCUUAUGAAAUAAGCAGUCUUGCAUGAAUAUUACUCAAGAUGACUUUAGAAGUGUUUUGCAAGAAUGUUGAUGACAGUUACCAAACAUUUUCAGCAUUUAAUCUGAAACUGCACUUUUUUUUCACAGUAAAAUGUAGGGGUUUCUGUGGGCUUUCCUAGGAACAAUAAUAAUUUCAUUUGUAAAAUACUUAUCUAAAAAUAUAGGCACUGAAAACAAGAAUUGUUUGUAGUUUGCACUGUGUAUUUUAUUUUGCUGCUUCUGUUAUUUUGAAGUGGUAAAAUAAUCAGUUUUUAUGUCAAGCAACUGUUCUUUAAUUAUUUUUCGCACAAUUUUCAUCUGUCUUUCCAUAACUGAAGAUUUAAAAGUUGGGUUUUUUAAAAAAUUGUUAGUCACCAUGUAUCUCAAGAAAGAAAUAUUUAAUAUUACAAAGUUUAUUUUAACUGCUGCACUUGAAGUUUAUCCGUGUGUAACUGUGAUAACCAGCAUAUACAAUGUUAAGAGAAUUAUUGUGAUUCUUUCACAUUUAACCACAGUAACUGACCAUGAUUCCAUAUUCAUUCCACUAGAUAGGCAUUAAGUGACCACUAAAUUCUUCACCAACAAAAGAGGUAUCAGAGAGAAUUUCAAUGCAUGUAAUCUUUGUACAGUGGAAUGGCAAUCAACAAAUGAUGUAGGUUUUCAACAAUUUUUGUAAUGUAAACACUGUUUUCAAAUGUAAGGGUUUUUUGCAUUUUUUGAAAAUUUUAUUUUUUUAUGUUUUACUUUUUAUAGGUAUUUGAUCAAAUAACUGCUGAUAGUUUUCUGUCUUCAUAUCUUAUUAUUAUUUCUGUUUAUAUUUUUAUCAUUUAUAUAUAUGGAUUUGGGUGUUGCUAUAAUGUAUACCAUAGUUGCUUUAUUGCUGUUGCUAUGGCCAUGACAAACAGACUUUUUAUGCCCAGCAAGCAGAUUAGUAUCUGAAUCAUCAGGAAAAAUAUAUGUCAAUAGAAUGAGAGGGUUGAGCUUCACAUUUCACAUUCCAUGCUAUUGACAUAGUGAACCACUCAAUGUUUACUGCCCUAUGGUUAAAAAGUUAUUGUGCACACAUACACACACAGAGACAUUUAUUUGUAGAGAAGACUUUGACUUUGUUUCUUCUUCAUUUGUGUAGUUGAUAUGGUUAGUCUUCGAGGUUAGUUUUUCCCUUUUCUGUAUAUGUUGACUGUAAAUUUGUUUGUUGUGCACUGUUAUAUUUUCUUAACAUAGCUGGCCCAUUUUACUUAAUCAUAGCAGCUUAUAAAUGUUAAUUGUUCUUGUAAUUUGCAAUAGUACUUAUGAAUACUUUAACAUUAUUUAACAUUUAGCAUUACUCCUUACACCAAUCAACUUAUAAUCACUUGACUAGUCUGCCUUCUUUUCUUUUUCUGCAUAUUUAUGACACUCUCCAUCCUUACUGAUCCCUGAUUCCUCUUUUGUGUUUGUCGUAUAUUACUUGACUGCAUAGCUGUUUCUUCUUCCUUCCUUUUAUUCUCUUCAUGUCUCCUAUUUGUCUCAAGUGCUGAGAGCAUACUCCUUUGUGAACAUGAUUAUGCACUAUAUAAAUCACACAUUUAUUGUUAUUAACAGGGGUUGGUACCAAGAUAUUGCUCAUUCUGAGACUGAGUCUAUAAAGUUUUGCAAGCUUUACUUUAAAAUAACUUCUUGCAAGUUCUUGGUAUUAUAAUAUUUAUUAACAUUUGCUCUUAGGUAGUACAAUGAUAUUUGGCUAGAAUAAAGGAAGAUUGUUUAAGAUAGCUGGGGCAGAGUGCUCUCUUUUAUGCUAAAGAACUAUGAGUCUUUUGGAAAUGACUAUUAGGAGUUUGGCUAUCGCAUUUCUUGUAAUUUUAAAAAAUGUUUUUGGAUACUGUCAUUUUGCUUUCUUUAAAUUUUUUUUCUAUGUUCGUGCCUUGGAGUGACAUCUUGAUUGCCAGAAGGUUGUGUGGUCUGUCUGCAUUUAGACUGCUUGAUUUUUCUUGGGAAAUCUUUACACUAUCAAUCAAUUGUUUUCAUUCUUUUCUCACUAGUGGCAUGAAUCUUGCAGAGAUUUUUCAGACACUUAUUUCUUUAUCUCUUCAGCAUGCUUAAGUAGGUACUUAUAGACUUGCUAUUUAUAGUCCAUAUGCUAAAAUAGCAUGAAAGAAAGAAGAUGGAUCCACAAAUUUAAAGUUGAGAUAUUAUCUUUCCAGUUGGUGCAGUUUGUGGGAUAUGGAAAAAAUAUUUGCGAAAGACAAUUGUCUGUUGUGUUUAUUUUUCUGUGUAGUGCACAUUGGAUACUGCAUCCAGCUUUUCACUGUGAUGAUGGUGUAAAUGCUGCUGAAAUUGCUAGCCAUUAGUCUACAGUACCUAUACCAAGCCUGCCUGUAUGCUAUGCUGUGUUAUGCACAAAUCCUGAUAGAAAACUUGAAAAGGUAGUGAGCUGCUCUUCAGCAGCUAUGUUGUUGACAGAUUCCAGCUGACCUGCUGCCAGUAUUGAAGGUUGCUGCUAUUUUUGUAAUGUAGUCUUUGUCUUUCCUAGAAUAUGUUGAAAAGGACAGAAAAAGAAAUCAAAGGACGUGCAGAUUCUGGCUGUGGAAUGAAGUUAGACCCAAUGCUGCCAUUUGAGAACUAUGUUGUUCACAUUGUCAUGUUUUGUCACUCAAAUGACAUUGAAGCAGAUAGAGCACCUAGAUCAUAAACUAAAAGGUCAGUCAUCUGAAAAAUCUUUGAAUUUACGUAGAUUCCUUUGUUGUUGGAAAUACUCUUCAUAUCACAGUUUGGAAAAUACCUAGCAGACCUGCUGGUGUGCUUAGCUGUAAUCUUUUCUUUCUCCAAUGACAGUCUUCUUUUUGAUGAUCUUUAAUAUGACUGCUGUUGGGUGACCAAAUUGUAAUUGACUCAGCUGACCAAACAAUAUGCAGAGUAGAGAACAUUUCAUGGCAGACUAGCACACAUUUAAAUGUGGAAUUAAUAAAUUCUUUAUUUGCAAUAUGCAAUCUGUGAAACAAACAAAAGACAUGUAACCAGCAUCACACAAUCACACUAAUGGUUAUAGUUUGAUAUAUUUAGGACAAGACACUAAACAUUUUUUGAAGAAUUUCUAAACUUAUUUGGGGAAAUAAAAUCUUUCGACAUAUCGGUAGUUCUACUUAAGAAAUUUGACUUUAGAAUGAUAAAGAUGAUAUAUCAUGAUGUACCUUGUCAGUUUAUAUGCAUGUAUGUAUUGGGUAUGUUUUUCACUUUUCUGUUUCCAGUUUGUAAACCACAAGAUCCUUUCUUGCAGGUCCCCCAUAAUGUCCAUAUCAUAUUUGUAAAAUACUGUUGUUAAAUGAGUAACUUUGACAGUUAAAACUUAUCAUUUGUAUUGGCACUACCCAUUGUCUUGCUGAUUUUGUCACCAGGCUGUUACUGACAACUGUUGUGUUUUUAUUAUUUGUAUAUAGCUGUAAUAAUACUACAUAUACAUUACACUCAAAACAAUUUUAUCAAUGUGGUACCAUGACAAGAAAAAAGCAAACAAACAAAAUAAACUCUAGUGGAUUUCAAAAUGUCUAAUCAGUGAUUAUAUUCUAUAAUUUGGUGAAAUGUGAGUUCUUUGCUCUCAUAUGCCAAGAAUCCACUUUUAUUUCCAUGUGAAUGGAAAAUAAUAAUAAUAAAGGAAUAGGAGAUUAUUUAUGUUAAAUGAAAAAGAAUAUUUAGACUCUGAAAGUGUGUGUGUAUGUGCAUUUAAAAUUUUCACAACUUUAUAUGUAUUCUCUCAAAAAUUGGCCAUGCACACGUCUUCCUCUGAAAAAGCUGCAAACUGGGUGUGAGUGUGCAUUGUUUGGUAGUAAACCCGUUACAUUGUUAAAAAAGAAAGAAAGAAAGAAAGGGGGCAUUUUGACUUUAUACAUAGAUUCAACUUGAUGAGUGCAAUGUAGUAAAUCUGAAUGUCUUCUUGAGCUUUCAGAAGUUUUAAAAUUUGACAAUUAAUGUUCUAAUUUAAUUGUAUUUCAUGUUAACCACUUUUAUAAAGUGUGCAAAGUCAACUGAAGCAUAUGUAAAGAGAUACAAACAAGUUUUAAGCUAAAAUUUUAAAGAUAGUUCCUUCGUCAGGUGAUUAUAUACUGUUUUAUUGAGGGAGGGGUUGUAUACACAAGAAAAACAAAGCACUUUCUGGAGAUUUCGGCAUAUAUCCACAGACCUUCAAUAAGUAAAAAGGGAGACAUUUAAAAAGGAAUCUAUUUUGUAGAACUUUGUGAAAACUAACAUCUAGAUGGACACAUAUUUUAAGGGGUGUUUUGUUGGAAACAAAUGUACAUCAACACAGUUGUUUAUGAUAUCAAUAUAUAAUAAGCUGGAUGUUUAAUAACUAUAAGUGAUACAUCAGUCAUCAAAUCCACUAUAAAUGAUUAAUACAUAGUUUAGUCAUCUAUGAUCAAACUAAGAAAUAUUUUUAUCUUUGAAUGAUUUGCAAUUCUGUCAUGAAAUAUAUGCAUUUUGCUUAUGUACAUGUAAUAACUAUAAUAAAUCUGCCUCGUCCUCAUUUUUGUUUUUAUUUAUAUAUUGUGCUUGUGAUGUUUUACAUCAUUCCUAAUUAUGAUUAAUCUGUAAAAGUUGCCAUUUGGUCACAUGAUCAUUAAAUAAAAUCUGGGAUUUCUUUUAAAGGCGUA